GCCGGUAUUUAUGCAUGAAAGGGCAUGGUGUUCCAAUAUCCGAGCCAAUCAGUGACUGCCACUUGACAGCCACACUCUGAUUCACUAUCCUCCAGUAUCUCCUUGGUUCCAUUCCUUUCGCCUUCCUCCUUGCUCCCAGCAUUCGAAAUGAUGGGCGAAAACUCCAAGUGUAUCCAAUGCCAGACGUGCUUCGCGGCGUUUGAUACUAUUCAGAACUUACGCGACCAUGUGGGCGAGUAUCAGCGUGAGGCUCAUGCAUUGAUGGCGAGACUACGAGAGAUCCUAGCUCAUUUGCCUCCGCUUGACAAACAAAGACCGCCAUCCCAUGGAAACCUUGACGAGGGCGAUCGGGACCUUGGUGCUGAUGACGGCGAGGAUACCGACAAGGACGACUCCGCUGACCUCGAUGGACUCUUUUGUCCGUAUCCGGCUUGCGAUCGAGGACAAGCAUUCCAAACAAAGCAGGCCCAGAUUCGACACUAUGAAACUCACAUCCCCUGUUACGAGAUUUGCGUCUUUUGCCGAUACUCGUUCGUCCAAGCACGUAAAUAUAUUGCGCAUAACUGCAAGGCGAAACCCACGUCGCACGACCAAUGGAGGGACCAAUACAGAAAAGAGCGCUGCGCCCAGUUGCACCAGCAGGCAGCUGAAAAGUUGGACGAAAUGCUGGAUCUCGACAAAAAGGCUCUCCGGAAGGAAGACUUCAGGAAACGAGCACGUGAUGCAGAGGAUCAAUGCGCGGACCAAAGGCAAGCGCAAAAGAGAUCACGUACCACUCAUGGCACGAGCAAUGGACUUGAAGUCCGUGGUCAGAGUAGUCUUUUCGCAUCUAUGCGCCCCUUGACACCUCCGUCUACCAUUUCAAGCCAGCUUGAUAGCUGUGUAGCUCCAACUGCACCUUUCCCCAACGGGGUUACUUCAUCCGGUACAGACUUUUCAUUCCUGGAAGAGCCCUUCACCUUGCUUCCUGGACGAAUACAAGCUCCGAUCUUUCAUAGCGCCACCAUUCCCCCAUGGUAUGGAUUGGAACAACAGCUCCGGCUAGAACCAUACGAGAGCGCUUUGCACAUAUCUCAGCCUUCAUCGGGUGAUUGUUGCAAUGGUGCAUCAUUGACAUAAGGCGCGAUGGGGCAUCAAGGACCGUGUUGGUGUUGAUAUCUCACUUCAAGGGAACUUCAAUCGACUAUUCAUGUGAGAUAUCAGUCCUUAAUAUAAAUUACGUUUACCCUGAGUGUUGGGCUUUCCAUGCUUGAGACAUGAUGUUCAAGGGAUCGCGGCAACGGCAUUGGGCUCCAGUACUUCGCAGCAUCCUCCUUCCCGAAGGCAAACGUGAUGGCCGUACCAGCUGUGAUCUGGAAUGCCGUCCUCGCAUCAAGUACGGCGCUAUAAGUCUCGUCAGCGU